AUGUACGUGGCGAGGCGGGCUGCGGCCUUCACCGGGCAGCGCCAGCACAUUGGCAGCAGCAGCUACAUUCGCUCCCUUAGCACCGGUGCAGCGUUGAGUUUUGGCCGCUGCAGGGGCAAACGCCGCGCGUCCAUGCGCGUUGUAUGGUCCCCACUGCGCGGGGCGUGGCGGCGGCUACGUGCGCAGAGCUUCACGCGCCAGUGCGUGACGGUCGGCGCCGGUACGCUGCUCGGCUUUGGUGGCUACGUGACGCUCUGCAUCCUGGUGGGGCUGCAGCAGGCGCAGGCCGUCGCGGCGCUCUUCCAGCCGCACGAGGACUAUCCUCUGGAGGAGUGGUCGCAGGUGGAGCGGACGCUGCGCGAGGGCGACAUCGUGCUCAUGAUGGGCACCGGCGUUACCAGCUGGAAGAUCACGACGGCACAGUUCGUGUACAGUCUCAUGCAGCCCGCCGCGCUGCGCUACUCACACGUCGCCGUCGUGGUGGAACCGGCGCAGCUCGAGCGGUGGCCACUGCGCCCCAUGUCCUCCACAACCGCCACCGUCGAGAAGGCGGAGUACGGCUACGCCGCUGUCACGCCGUUGUCAUCAUCAUCAUCAUCGUCGUCGUCGUCAACAGCAGCCGCGUCCACCACAAUCGCUGACAUUCUGCGCGACGAGCGGUCGAUGCUGCAGCGGAAGCAGAAGCGCGGUGCCAUCAUAAUGGAGGUAGUCGACAACGUCGACGUGAACGCGGCGGACGUAAACGGCAAAGUGCGCCACGAGUGCGUGCAGGUGCUGGAGGCGAACCGCCGCCUCUUUGGGCGUGACGGGGAGCGGUGGUGCUACAGCCGCUUUGCAGUGCGCCGGCUGAAGGGCUUUGAGUGGACGCCGCAGCGGAAGCGCCUGCUGCGCACGUUCAUCAACGAAAAUGUCGGCCGCCCGUUGGACAAGAGCCCGCUGCUGAUGACGAGCUUCAUUCACCCGCGACUUUACGAGUGGACCGGCGCCCGCCGACGGGGCACGGAGAUCAGCUGCGCCGAGAUGAUCGUUGACCUGUACAAAUUCUGCGGCGUGAUUCAGCGGCGCGUGCGCAUGGUGCCGGCGCCCGCCGACAGCGCGGGUCACGGCGAGGGCGACGUGGACAUCGGCCACGACGGGAGCUGCAGCCGCCCACAAUGGUACUACAGCCGCCCAAGCAUCCAAACAGCGCCGUACCACUUCGCAGAGGGCAUGGAGGUCGGCGUGCUCGACUUCGCCGACGGCAUUUCGUUAGGGCCAGAGGUGCGCAUGAGUCUGCCGGGCGGGCAGAGGGGGGCGCAGUGA